CCUGGCUGUGUUGCAGGAAGUUCGCUAACGUUAGUCAGGCAACAUGGCUGUUCAGAGCUGGUCGGACAUCCUGAAGGCUUCUAAGAAAACGGCGUUAAUCUCCGACGGGAAAAGGAAAGCGCAUUACCUGUUUCCAGAUGGCAGUGAGAUGGCUGAAGAAUACGACAUGAGAACUGACGAGCUUGUGUGUCGAAAAUUGCGCUCUAAAAACAAGCUUGGCGGACAGGGGCUGUGGCAAGUGGAAGUUGGUGAAACAAACACUGUACCUUCUACAGAGGUUGAAAUAAAAGAGAAUAGCUCUAAUCCUGUGUUUAUGCGUAAAGACAUAAAGUCCAGUUUCCAGUGGAGGGUUCGUAAUAUCCCAUACCCCAUAGACACCUAUACCAUUUCAGUGGAGCCUGCUGAACGAUGCUGCAUCAUCCGCACAACAAACAAAAAGUACUAUAAGAAGUUCAAUAUUCCAGACCUUGACCGCUGCCAGCUGCCUCUGGAGAGCACGGCCUUGAGCUUCAGCCACGCCAACAACACUUUAAUCAUCAGUUAUAAGAAGCCCAAAGAGAUUUUAACCCUGGAACAGGAGCUGCUGAGGGAAUUGAAGAAACUGAAGGGGACAAAUGAAGGAGACAUUGACUGUAAAACCCAGUGAACUGGUGUGGACUCUUGACUUGCUGUUAAUAACUCUUCUGUGCAGGACUUGUGCAGUUUGCUAUUUUGUAAAACCAUUUUUUUUUGUACAUGCAGAUAAAGCAUGUGUGUCUGACUGUAUAUAGACGUUUGUCUUCUUGGUGUUAUCUUGUUUCAAAGGUAAAAGGAUUUUGAUGUGUAAAAGAACAUUUUGAAUGCUAUUAUUAAAAAUUGCAUGGACAGAUUUUUCGAA